UCACAUCCAACCUGUUUAGGUGAGGGUCAGCUUCAGUGGGAGGCAGCUGCUGGAGUGAAAAUGGAUCUGAGGCAUGCAGGGCUUUUGUUACUGCUGCUUUGUUCUGCCUAUAGUUAUCAGUUCAGAGGUGGAGCUGGAUAUGGCUCAUUUUUCCCAGACCCUGAACAAGAAUGGGAGAGAAUGGAGACAGUGAUCGGUGAAGAAAUUACUGAGGCCCUUGCACCUGAAAACAAAUUCUUUAGGAGCGCAUCAAGCAGUGGAUCUUCAACACCUGAAGCAAAGAAAGUUAUUGAGUAUAAGGUUGUGUCAGCUGCCAAGGACCGUAAAGAGGCUUUCAAGCCAGAGAAGGGUGCCAGAGACCUCCCUGAGUGGCUCAAAGAGAUGUUACUUGAGGGUUACUCCACUACUCCUGCACCUGGAACAUCAACAUCUAGAUCAAAGAUUAUUGAAAUCCUCUGUCAUGUUGACAGAAUUUACGUAAGAAUCAAGAGAGACGUUUUUAAGAGUAGUAAUGCAUACAAAUACUUGAAACUAGGCACCUGCCCUGUUAACCAGGGAACCAAAGAGCAUUACUACCUUCUGUACCUUCUGACAACUGACUGUGGAUUCAAGAAAGAGAGUAACACAGAUUAUCGGUCUGUUAAAACCAUGCUCAGCUACAAGCCAACCACUCCAGUGCUGAGGGAAAUGCCAUUUGACAUUCCCAUGCAGUGUAAAUAUCCCAGGUUGUUCCACUCCUACAAAGUUGGCUUCUAUCCCAAACUACAGGGAGGCACAGUAAAGAAAGAACUCCAACCAAAAGGCAGCUUCACCCUCACUCCUCAAGAUGCAUCAGGGAAUGCAAUCACUGGUACUAAAACCUACACCUUGGGCCAACCGAUGUACUUUGAGGCCAAGCAGCCCAGCGUCUCUACAGGGUCUUCAGAUAAGAGGGUGUACAUCAACAAGUGCUUCAUGACAGCAUCCCAAGACCCUAACUCGAGUCCUAAAUAUACAUUCAUUGACAACUACGGCUGUAUGGUUGAUGGCAAGAUGACUGCACAGUCCAAGUUCCUUUCGAGUACCUCAAAGAUGGCGCAGAAAUUCAGCGUGGCCGCCUUGAUUUUCAAGGACAAACUUUCCUCUUCAUCACAGCAACUAUACAUGCACUGUGAUAUCUCUAUGGGGGAUCUUACUCCAACUCCGACCUCAAAGGCUUGCAAUUACGAUUCAGCUACCAAAAAGUGGAAGGCGCUGUUCGGUCAGGACUCUGUGUGCACCUGCUGUGACUCAACCUGCUCCUCUGCAAAUGCCAAGGCUUCAAGGAAUAUGAUCUCAAGUCAAUCGUGGAAGGUCGACUUCAGCAGAAUGAAUGGGUUUGAUGAGAUUCAACCUCGGAUGAAAUUCUCAGAUCCCAACACAUUCAACUCAGAGGACCUUGAUGUGGCCGAGCAUGGAGACUUCCUACAGUACUGGGAUCAUGAAUAUUAAAGAAAUUAAUGUGAAAAUUACUUUUAAAAUAAAAUAUCUUGUACUUGA